CAUUAAAAGUGAAAACAAUGUAUGUCGAUGAUCGGUGAAAUUUUGCUUUUUUUGUAAGAAUGAAAUAACGUCUCUUAUUACGUAUAUGCGCUUCCAUAGUAAUAUUGUUCAAGAUUGUAAAAUUAUGUCUUUGUUUUACUUAAUUAUUUUAGCGUAACAAGCAGAAGCUUGCACAUGGCUCGUAUUGUUCAUAACUAACUAUCUGUAAAAUGUCAGACGUAUAAAAUAAUUUGGCUCACGCGUUCAUCGACCAGUUCAUAUCGAAAAGUUACGCGAAAAAUCAAAAGAAACAAAAUGCAGAAAAUAAUUGUCGUGUUUUUGGUGUUCGGUAUGGGUGUAUGGGCAAAUCCCAAGAAGUAUGGCGAAGAGGACAGUUUUUCGCCCAGUAAUAGAUACUACGAGUCAGAAAUACCUUACAAAUCUUAUAAGAACAAAACGACUUAUAUUCCACAAAAUCCCAUCGGAGACAGCAGUAAGAAGGAGUCCAGGUUUGGAACUAUCAGCUAUGGAACUGCAGGAAGUGGAUAUGGAUCCAACAAUGGUCUUGCUUACGGCACCAUGAAAUUGGACAUAGGUGGGGUUGCUUUAGGGGCCCUUAUAGGCUUGGGUGCUAUUCUCCUCAUACCAAAAAUAUCCCAACUAUUCUCUUCAGCUCACGGAGGGUACGCCAGAGGAUUGGACACAGAUAUGUCCUCCGUCACAAAUAUUUUAUCCAAAAUAGAUGAUUCAUUGGCUGCUAAUAAUAUCGACAGUAGUUCCUGCGCGCAAAGAAUCGUUUGUAGUUUCGUGCACGACGCUGUCAAAAACCAAAAAGCCGGUGAAACCACCAGUGCCGAUGAAUUUAUCAUGUCUUUUACCAACAAUCCGUUAUUCGCUUAUAUGGCUGGUGGAACAGUUCUAAAAGAAGCUGUGGAUAUCGGAAGAACUCAGGACAUGGACAAGUGCAUAGAAAAAUACGACAAAUGUCCUUUGACCAGACAAAACGUAUUAAAUGUCCUAUCUACUUUAAUACCGACAAACUAGUACUAAACACUUUGUAGUAGAGACUAGUCAAUAUAAAUUAUAUUUAUUUUU